AUGAUACUCGGUCAAAUUGCUUGGGUGGACUGCAUAGCCUUCCUCGUCUUCCUCGCUCCACAAUUGCUUAUUCAAGUCGGCCUUUUCGAAACAGCAAAAUGCGGCAUCAAGGCAUUGCCGUUCCUUCUCCUCCGCCUACCCUACCAAUUCCUCAAAACCCGCUACUUCACCCGUCACCCCUCUAAACCCCCCUUCGUCCAAGUCGCCUCCCCCUUCCAAGACAUCGUCAUCCGCUGCGUCCGCUACGCCUUCGCCUGCAUCCCGGCCUCCAUCGGCAAAGUCUUCUUCUCCAAAAACGUCGCCCUCCCCUUUAUGAGAUUCCGGAUGCUGCGCCACGGCUACCUGCGCUCCCCGAUCUACUGGCGCGAAGUCAACCGGGGCGAUCUGAACGGACUGUACGCCAUCGCUGACGAGACCCGGAGACCGGAUAUCGUGGUUUACUACUGCCACGGUGGUGGGUUUAGUAUGGGGAGUGCGUUCUUUUAUCUGGAGUUCUUGCUUGCGUGGGUUCAUUUGCUGAAGGUGGAAGGCGGGUAUGACAAUCCUGCACUGUUUGCGCUGGAUUAUACCUUGGUACCCGAGGCGACGUAUCCGACGCAGGCGCAGCAGACGCUUACCGGGUACAAGUAUGUGCUUUCACUUGUUGAUUCUUCGUCCAAUAUUGUGGUGAGUGGCGACUCCGCGGGCGCCACGCUGAUUCUGUCGCUGUUGCUCUGCUUGUCCGACUACACGCCACUACGGAAUCGAAUGCCUGGUCUUGCGGUUGUCAUUUCUCCUUGGGCGGCGAUCAUCAGUCCGAAGAACCAGAAUACAGCAUCCGACUACCUUAAUGCUGAGAGCCUGCAUUUGUACGGAAGUCAGUACAUCGGCACGAAAGCGGACGCAGAUGAUUCCCUGGUUUCUCCAGGCCGUUGCAAAGAUCUUAGCUGGUGGCGGAGAGCCUCGCCGAGCGCCGGCUGGUUCUUUGUCUACGGCAGCGAGGAAGUGUUCGCGCCAGAGACCAGGGAUCUGAUCGAGCUGUUGAAGAAGGCCGGUGGCGGAAGUGUGGGAAAGAACGAAGGCGUCAAUGGAGAAAUUGGUGGAGUGGCAGUUCACGAAGAGCAGAAAUGGGUGCAUGCUUGGCCAGUGGUGAAGCUCUUCUUGUGCAACACAGGAGAAGAGAGGAUGAGCGGGUUGAGGAGUAUCGUGCGGGUGACGAGAGAGCGCAUCAAAGUUUGA